GCUACCUAAGCACUCCACUCCCAACACCAUGUACUUCAACAACUUCUCUGAUGCUGCCUUCCCCGGAUGCUACUGGGGCAGCUACGGCUACCCUCUGGGGUACAGCGUUGGUUGUGGCUAUGGCAGUACCUAUUCCCCAGUAGGCUAUGGCUUGGGCUAUGGCUAUAAUGGAUCUGGGAUUUACAACUACAGACGCUACUGGCCAUUUGCUCUCUACUGAUUUCCUGAAGUCCCUUAGGCAUAGAAUCUUCUUUCCUCUGAAGAUGGAGUGGCACAUCUCGAGGUUCCUGCUCUACCUACCUCUUUCAUGCUCAUUUGCUCACCGACCUCCAAGUGGCUGCUUUCCAGACCCAGCAUCAGAAUUCCAAAGAGGAAACUGAAAGAUCCGAUGAUGCCUCAAGACGACUUCCUGAUGUUUGCUGGGACAGUUUCAGAAUCUUGACAACCAUCCCGACAAGUAUUACUUUUGAGAUACACUCAUGCUUCUUGUCUUGAAGAAGUUGUGGAUGUGUCUCUCAAAUUCUCAAUAAAUUUGUUUCAGCUUGCA